CGCCAUGAACCUGCUGCCGGCCAACCCGCAUGGGAAUGGGCUUCUCUUCGCCGGCUUCAACCAGGACCACGGAUGCUUUGCAUGUGGGAUGGAAAAUGGAUUUAGAGUGUUUAAUGCGGAUCCACUCAAGGAGAAGGAGAAGCAAGAAUUUCUAGAAGGAGGUGUUGGCCAUGUUGAAAUGUUGUUUCGGUGCAACUAUUUAGCUUUGGUUGGUGGAGGAAAAAAGCCCAAAUAUCCACCUAAUAAAGUGAUGAUCUGGGAUGAUCUGAAAAAGAAGACAGUUAUUGAAAUAGAAUUUUCCACAGAAGUCAAAGCCGUCAAGCUUAGAAGAGACAGAAUUGUAGUCAUUUUGGACUCUAUGAUUAAAGUUUUCACGUUCACGCACAAUCCUCACCAGUUGCAUGUCUUCGAAACCUGCUACAACCCAAAAGGUCUCUGUGUACUGUGUCCAAACAGUAAUAAUUCCCUGCUUGCAUUCCCUGGAACACAUACUGGACAUGUACAGAUUGUGGAUUUGGCAAACACAGAAAAACCUCCUGUAGAUAUACCUGCUCAUGAAGGAGUCUUGAGCUGCAUAGCUCUCAACCUGCAAGGAACAAGGAUUGCCACAGCAUCAGAAAAAGGAACUCUUAUAAGAAUAUUUGAUACGUCAUCAGGGCAUUUAAUCCAAGAGCUGCGCAGAGGGUCUCAAGCUGCCAAUAUCUACUGUAUUAACUUCAACCAAGACGCUUCUCUCAUCUGUGUGUCAAGUGACCAUGCCACAGUGCACAUCUUUGCUGCAGAGGACCCAAAAAGGAACAAGCAGUCAAGUCUAGCAUCGGCCAGUUUCCUGCCCAAAUACUUCAGUUCCAAAUGGAGUUUUUCCAAAUUUCAGGUUCCCUCUGGUUCCCCUUGCAUCUGUGCCUUUGGAACAGAGACAAAUUCUGUCCUAGCAAUCUGUGCAGAUGGCAGCUACUAUAAAUUUUUAUUCAACCAAAAAGGGGAAUGCUCCAGGGAUGUCUAUGCUCAGUUCCUAGAAAUGACUGAUGACAAACUUUGACUGCACGGAUGGAAAUAUUGGGAGAAGGGGGAAGAGGAAGAGAGAUGAAUGUAUUCUUCUCCUGAAUCUUUUUCCUCUCUGAAGAGACAGCAUAUAACUAUCCCAGCAGUCAGCGGUGCUGCUCAAGAUGGAACAGAUGAUCUGAAGAAGUCCAAGCCAACACAGUCAGAGCCAGCUGCAAGGCAGAGGACUAAUACAGCAUAUCCUGUCAACAACUGUCUUUAAAUGCUAGUUUUGGCUGCUGCUGUACUUCAGUUUUCUUAAAGUUUCAAUCACCUCUCUCUAACUUGUGAAGCUUAUUGUAUGUUAUGCCAUCAGCCUGCAGGGGAGGUUUUAACAAUUUCUUACUCCUCAAAAAGAUAUUAAAAAUCCAAUUUUUGUGUUAUGGUUGUAGGGCAAUAGGAAGGACAUGCCAGACAACUUGGGAUAUUUAUACCAGCAGUUCCUGCUUUUAGAAAUGUCUAUUUCCUCAUCUAAUACUACACAGAAAGAGAUCACAGCAGAUUUCCUCUGAGUUACCCUUGCUCAGGAAUAGAUAGAACGUACAAGACCUUAUUUCCAUACUGUUGUGGAUUUGUAUUAAUUUGUCAGAGGUGCCAAAAUACACAUCCUACAAAUGGCAUUAAGCACUGUUGGCCUAAAUCAUCCUGCAGGGUAGAAAGUAAGCUACGUAGAACAAUCGUGGGGGCUGUGGAUCUGGUAGGUAAGUAUGUUUAGAUAAUAUAACCAUUCCAAACAUUUUGUUUUUCCUCGAUGUGUUUGCACUUACGUUGUACAGUGGCAGGCCUACAGAAAAGUAGUCUGUAAUGACUAGCAGUAUAUAUGCUGUUCUUUUCUGCUGUAGCCUGUUAGGUAUCAAUAUCAUUCUGCAAACUUAGCAUGUUUUGAACAAAGUUUGGUGGCCAUUUAAACCAUAAGUGAUCAAUCCUUCAGGCAUACAACCGUAGUUCAGGUGUUUUGGAAACAGGUAUAUGCACACUCAAACUGAAAUCACUACCACCCCUCUCAACUAAAAACAUCUUUAAUUCCCUUUAAAAAUUCACACACGCUUCAAAAUUAACUGAAGCCUUAGGUUAGAAUUGUAAGGUAUUUGAAUGUCAUUUAACUGAACCCUAUAUUCAUAUUUGCUAGUUUGCAUGUUGCUUUUUCAUGUGUAUUUAAUCAUGGAAGUUGUUUUGCACACUUUUUGUAAUCUUUUAAUUAAAAUUGACUAAUUUGCUGUAUUCAUUUUAUGGUAAUGAGAGGAGUUCUCUAUGUAGUCACAGCUUCCUUUCCUAUUCUGCUCUGGGUGGUGGUAGAUGAUUUCAUUUUUAAAUGGCUGGAACUUUUUAGUGGAAAAUUCAUAAAUAAUGGUACAUUCUGAGUUGCCCCUACUGUGGACUCCAUUGGGUGGCAAUCAUACCUUUGUAGCUACCAUUUUCGUUGUCCUCCAUUCCUGCUCUCCCCCCCUGACAUCUGCUCUGUUCUAGUUUGAAAAUGAAUACCAUUAUUUAGAACUUUUAUAUGCUUCCUCUUCAGUGACCUGCUUGUGUGAGCUAAUUUUAAGCAAAUUCCAAUGCUGCCUUCUCUCUGCCCUUGCCCUGCUAUGGCCGUUAUCCCCCGAUGCGUUAUGGUGUAAGAUAACUUCACAGAUCUUUUUGCUUGGUACUUUACAGGGUUUUAAACAGUCCCAUUUGCAAAAUUUGCUUUUCAUGCACACUCAAAGAAGUAAAGAGCAAUGGGAUUCAUCUCCUCUCCUGACCACAGCCCCAAAAGCUCCUUCAAAUUCUGUUCUACAAAGACAGGAGACCCUUAUUAAAAGCAGGAGGAGGAAUUGGCAAAAAGUUAUUGCUGGAUCCAACCUGUUAAGUAACCAAAUAAGGCUCAGACAAUUUAGUUUAACACAGCUGUCUAGAAGCCGGAAAUGAGUCUGACUUAAAUAUAUACACAUUAAAAUAUAAAUAUUGCAUAAGUGAUUUCCAUACAAUUUUCUUAGCCCAAAUUAUUAUUGG